AUGAGUUUGCUAGAAACAACUCCUGCGGAUUGGGAGUAUUUUACCAAGGGAAAUGCCAACCUUUUGUUCCGAUACCGCGGACCCCUCGGGAAGUACACAGACAAGCUUCUCCGCGUGCGGUUGUUCAAUGACCUGCCUGAUUAUGUAUCCACCAAGACCAUCGUGCAGUAUGUCAAGACCAAUUUUGAAGAAAGUUUUCACAAAGAGCUAUGUGAGCAAGAGCUAGUCAAGGUCUCCCCGGACUUUCUUACAGGGUUAUCUGAGCGAUGUGGGCAUACGCUCAUGUGUGACGACUACGCCCUCGUCAUGCCGAACCUUCUACGCGGCGUGGUCCAGUCCGUAAAGCUCGCCAAGAACUGUAUUUUGCAUAUCGCUCAAGAGGAGGGUAGUGAAGUGGUUACGUUAGAGUUUAAGCCCAAAUGGCUCUAUGAUAACACCCGGAUAUAUUGUCGUAAUUGUGCCCACGGGCAGAUGCAGGGCGUCCCAAGACAUUUUUGCCCAUUGGACUUGCUCCACAUAGAAAGAGUCACAGGUGCUAUAGAUGACAUGUUUUUGGAAAUGAAAAAAGAUGAAACAAAGGGUAUUUUGUCCUAUAAAAGCGUCUUGGUCUCAUUUUUCACCAAUAGCGACAUUCUACACCGUUUAAAACGCAUCCAAUCCCGAUCCACUCAAUCCGUAAAAGAUAUUACUUCGGCAGGAGAUGUUACAGAAGAGUUGAGUUUAUCUAUGACUUUGAGAGAUGUGACUUUAUUUGUGGAGAUGCGCCAAGGUGGGACAGAAUACUCUGAAAGCUCUGAUUUGUUCCUGAUUGAUGGAGUGGCAUUCUCGUGUAAAUGCUACGUUAUUGAUCUUGACUUGAAGGCGAAUUCCAAAUUCCGUCACUGGGCGAAGACGGAACAAAAAUUACAGGAGUAUUACGAUCGCACGGAACUGGACGCCUGGCCCGGGUGUUUCAGGAAGUGA